CAACUGGUCAAGUCAAAUGUCAUUGUCAUUGUCAAUCAGAUGUUCAAGUUGUUGGGUAAUCGCAUGAAAACAUUUUUCUAAAUUGAACAUAAAAACAGCAAAACUAUGUUACAAGCAAUCGGUGCUGCGGCUAGGCUGUCCAGGACAGGCCUGUCGAGAUCACUUCCUGCUUUCUCCACAUCUUCGAGAUUGUCUGCAGAAGAUCCUGCAAGUCGUAAGGAAGCACCGAUAAUUGAUAAUGAAUCUGUGUUUGCCACACCAGAAGAAAAAAAGGAGAAAAUGACUCAAGUUGUUGCCAUUACUGUUCCUACUAAGGUGGACCUAUCACCCAUCACUGGAGUGCCCGAAGAACAUGUAAAGUAUCGCCGGGUUCGCAUCUACCAACCGCCGAAAAAUGCUAUGCAGAGCGGCACCAACAACAUUCAACACUGGGAAAUGGAGUUUGAUACUCGCCAACGUUGGGAAAACCCACUAAUGGGCUGGACAUCUACCGGAGAUCCACUUUCCAACUUAAAAAUACAGUUUAAAAACCCUGAAGAGGCCAUUGAACAUUGCGAAAAGAAUGGAUGGGUUUGGUUUUUGGAUGUACCGAAAAUUGAAAAGGAUUUUAAACCAAAGAGUUACGGUGUCAACUUUGCAUGGAACCGUCGCACUAGGGUGUCAACCAAGUAAAUUGGUAUGAAAUCAUACUUUUGUCUUGUAGAUCCUAUUAAUUCAAAUUUAUUUAUCUAAUUUAAGUUUGAAUAGCUUAAAUUGAUUGUUAAUAUUAUGUAUAUUAUUUGAUGACAGUAAAAAGCAUUGUGAA